AUGGUGGAACGCCUUCACCGACAACUGAAGACCGCCUUGACUACCCGCCUCAAUAGAGCGACCUGGGUUGAUGACUUGCUACUGGUGCUCUUAGGUUUACGAGCUGUCAUCCGGGCAGACCUGCAGUGCUCAACAGCAGAGCUGGUGUAUGGCACUUCUCUACGGCUUCCGGUAGACCUUCUCACGUCAACGAAGCUACUAUACCAGCCACAACAAUUCCUACAACGCCUCCUCGACUGCGUUCAAGACUUCCGGCCCACUUCCCCCAGACCUUCCGAACACAAGACCAUAUUCUUCCACCCUGAUCUGGCUACUGCAACUCAUGUUUUCGUGCACCACGAUGCGGUCAGACCACCUUUGACACCAGCCUACGACGGACCAUUGUGCGUCCUUAACCGCACCCCCAAAACUGCCACUCAACUUCAGAACGGCCGUGAAGAGACAGUCAGCUUGGACCGACUUAAGCCGGCGUACCUGGAGACCGCCAUAGAAAGCCUCUCAUAUACGCCUGACCUUCUGUUGGACUACCACAAACGGCAGGUCACAUUCCGACUCCCACUCAACACGGGGGGCCCUGUAGCGCCCUCGUUCGGCGGCGCGCAAACAGGAGAACGCGACACGGCAAGAGAAGAAAAUAAAGCAGGCGCUAGGCUAUGGCACCCUAUGGCAGUAUCCCAACCCUGA